AUGUCGUUCGUCAUCCGCCGAGCCGUCUCAACCCUCGUCCCCCCGAAGGUCGCCAGCCCAGAGGGCCUCGGCGCCGCAAAAGAUGCCGUUCGCAUGGCCAGGAUAGCCAAGUUCUACGAGCAGCUUCCCAAAGGCCCCGCCCCCGCCAUCCAACCAUCGGGUCUCCUCGGCCGCUACCAAGCUAGAUACAUGGGCAAGAACUCUUCAGCAGCUCCUGUCUGGCACGCGAUCUUCGGCAUUAUGGCCCUGGGAUACUCGAUGGAAUACUAUUUCCACCUGAGACAUCACAAGAACAAUGCUCACUGA